UUGCACGUUACUCACUCGUUUUAUUCAGUUAUAAACUAACUGCGGUCGUGGUGAUUUUACUUCUGAAAUGUAAUCUUUGUGCUUUAUAAUAAAAAUGAGUGCUUUAAUAAACCAUUUUUGUUCAUAUUUCGUAUUAAUUUUUCUAUUUUAUCAUGUUGAAGCAAUUUCUAAAUGUGGAAAAGUUUUUAUAACAAUAUCUUCAUUCGAAGCUGGUUUUAUCGAAUUAAAUUGGGUUACAAAUUGCGAUUCCCUCGAUGAUUAUCCAUCAAGAAUCGAAUUAUUCACUUAUAAUCCAAAAACUGUGAUGGGUGAACGUCCCUUAGUAUCAAUAAACGCACACAUUUAUCCCGAAGGUUAUUACAUGACUAAAAUUAAAUUUAAUCCACCUUGGUUGCCUGGGGAUUGGGAUUACUAUGAAGGGAUUAAUAUAACAAGCCCUGGAUCGCAUUGUUUUCCCUAUUAUAUCGCUUCUUUUAGAGGUAAUGGCCUUUUAGAUUCGGAUUGUUUAAAGAUACAACCAACGUGGAUGUCCGACAAUAGGAAAAUUUUGGGACAAAAGCGUAUCGGAACGAUUUUAAUACCAGGUACACAUAACUCUGGAGCUUACGGAUUUAUUCCCGGUUUUUUACAACAUUACGUUUUAAACCAAGAUAAAGAUAUUUGGACCCAAUUGGUUUUCGGAAUAAGAUAUUUAGAUUUUCGAGUUGGUUAUUAUCCCAACGAAGGCUUCUUUAUCAACCAUGAUUUGAUGAGAAUUACUAAAUUAGAACCUUUAUUAAAAGAAAUAACAAGUUUUAUGCGAUUAGCACCGAAAGAAAUCAUUAUUCUAGAUUUUCAUCGAUUUCCUUACCCCACUAAAUUCGAAGACAAACUUCAUCGUCAGUUAAUUAAUAUUAUUCAGAAAGAAUUGGGGCAUUUAGCUUUACCACCAAACGGUCUCCAAGUUGGUAAAGGACCAACAUUAGAUGAAAUUUGGCAACGCAAUAAAACGUUGAUUAUUUGUUAUGGACAUCGUAACAUAGCAAAAGAAUUUUCUUGGUUAUGGACACCUUUGCAUCAAUAUUGGGGUGAUAAACGUAAAGUCGAUGAAUUAAAGGAGUAUUUGAGGAGGUCAAUAAAGAAUCAUAAUAGUAUUUCUAAUCCGUUAUGGGCUUUAAUGGCCGAAUUAACGAUUAGCCCUAUUGAUGUUUUCUUUGUACGGACAACAAAUAGAAAAUUAGCUCAAGAAACGAAUAAAGAAUUAAGUAAAUGGUUUCGGGAUGAAUGGGGAAAAGAAUCUAACAUUGUUGCAACAGAUUUUUUCUUAGGGAAUGAUAUGAUUAAUGUUGCUAUUGAGACAAAUACGGGAAAUUAAAAAAUUAUUGAACUCGAAUAAGGAUUAAAAAUGAUAAUUUAAGUGAUUUAAUUAUAACGAAAUA